UUCAGCCAUGCCGGCCGGGACUAACGAGUCGGACGGCGUCCUCAGCUAUCAGAGACCAGAUGAAGAAGUUGUGGUGGAUCAGGGUGGGACCAGUACAAUUCUCAAUAUUCACUAUGAGAAAGAAGAGCUGGAAGGUCAUAGAACUCUGUAUGUGGGAGUUCGAAUGCCUCUGGGCCGACAGAGCCAUCGGCAUCACCGAACUCAUGGCCAGAAGCACCGGAGACGAGGUCGAGCCAAAGGAGCCAACCAGGGGGAGGAAGGCCAGGAGGCCCUGGCCCAUGACACACCAUCUCAGCGUGUUCAGUUCAUUCUUGGCACUGAGGAGGAUGAAGAGCAUGUGCCUCAUGAGCUGUUCACAGAGCUGGAUGAGAUCUGUAUGAAAGAGGGGGAAGAUGCAGAGUGGAAGGAGACAGCCAGGUGGCUGAAAUUUGAAGAGGAUGUUGAGGAUGGGGGAGAACGCUGGAGCAAGCCGUAUGUGGCAACCCUUUCAUUGCACAGCCUGUUUGAGCUAAGAAGCUGCCUUAUUAAUGGAACAGUCCUUUUGGAUAUGCGUGCAAACAGCAUAGAAGAAAUUUCAGACCUGAUCCUGGACCAGCAAGAACUGUCCAGUGAGCUGAAUGACAGCAUGAGGAUUAAAGUACGGGAAGCCCUUCUCAAAAAGCAUCAUCAUCAGAAUGAAAAAAAGAGAAACAAUCUCAUUCCCAUUGUUCGCUCCUUUGCAGAGGUUGGCAAGAAGCAGUCUGAUCCACAUUCAAUGGAUAAAAAUGGUCAAACAGUGUCUCCUCAGUCUGUCCCAGCUACAAAUCUUGAAAUAAAAAAUGGAGUGAAUUGUGAACACAGUCCUGUGGAUUUAAGCAAGGUGGACCUUCAUUUCAUGAAAAAAAUUCCCACUGGUGCCGAGGCCUCAAAUGUCCUGGUUGGAGAAGUAGAUACUCUGGAUCGGCCUAUCAUUGCCUUUGUGAGGUUGUCUCCAGCUGUUCUUCUCUCAGGCCUGACCGAAGUGCCAAUCCCAACAAGGUUUUUGUUUAUUUUGUUGGGUCCUGUAGGGAAAGGCCAGCAGUACCAUGAGAUUGGAAGAUCUAUGGCCACCAUCAUGACAGAUGAGAUUUUUCAUGAUGUGGCAUAUAAGGCAAAAGAGAGAGAUGACCUCCUGGCAGGGAUUGAUGAGUUCCUGGACCAGGUGACGGUACUCCCUCCAGGGGAGUGGGAUCCUUCUAUUAGAAUCGAGCCACCCAAAAAUGUCCCUUCCCAGGAGAAAAGAAAAAUGCCUGGAGUUCCAAAUGGAAACAUUUGCCACAUAGAACUGGAACCACAUGGAGGCCACAGUGGGCCAGAACUCCAGCGCACAGGACGGUUGUUUGGGGGCUUGGUGCUGGACAUCAAGCGGAAGGCCCCCUGGUACUGGAGUGACUACCGGGAUGCACUCAGCUUGCAGUGUUUGGCCUCCUUUCUGUUCCUGUACUGUGCCUGCAUGUCACCUGUAAUCACCUUUGGGGGAUUGCUUGGAGAAGCCACUGAGGGACGCAUAAGUGCAAUUGAAUCCUUGUUUGGAGCCUCCAUGACUGGGAUUGCUUAUUCUUUGUUUGCAGGGCAAGCUCUCACUAUCUUGGGCAGUACUGGGCCAGUGCUUGUGUUUGAAAAAAUUUUGUUUAAAUUUUGCAAAGACUAUGCUCUCUCAUACCUCUCCUUGAGAGCUUGCAUUGGACUGUGGACCGCCUUCUUAUGUAUUGUCCUUGUGGCAACUGAUGCCAGUUCUCUUGUCUGUUACAUUACCCGCUUCACUGAAGAAGCAUUUGCCUCCCUGAUUUGCAUUAUUUUCAUCUAUGAAGCCAUAGAGAAGUUGAUUCACCUGGCAGAGUCCUUCCCCAUCCAUAGGCACAGCCAGCUGGACCAGCUUAGCCUCUAUUACUGUAGAUGUACCCCCCCAGAGAAUCCAAACAAUCACACUCUACAGUUCUGGAAGGACCAUGACAUCGUGGCAACGCAGAUAAACUGGGCCAACCUGACUGUUCGUGAAUGCCAGGAGAUGCAUGGAGAGUUCAUGGGAACUGCAUGUGGCCAGCACGGACCCUACACCCCUGAUGUACUCUUUUGGUCCUGCAUUCUCUUUUUCACUACCUUUAUCCUCUCCAGCACCUUGAAGACAUUCAAAACAAGCCGCUAUUUCCCAACCAGAGUGCGCUCCAUGGUGAGCGACUUUGCUGUUUUCCUUACCAUCUUCACAAUGGUGAUUAUUGAUUUUUUGAUUGGAGUUCCAUCACCGAAGCUUCAAGUUCCCAGUGUGUUCAAGCCAACAAGGGAUGAUCGGGGGUGGAUUAUUAGUCCCAUUGGCCCUAAUCCCUGGUGGACUGUAAUUGCUGCAAUUAUCCCAGCUCUUCUCUGCACAAUCUUAAUAUUCAUGGACCAACAGAUCACAGCUGUCAUCAUUAACAGGAAAGAACACAAGCUCAAGAAAGGCUGUGGCUACCACCUGGACCUGCUGAUGGUAGCCAUCAUGCUGGGUGUCUGCUCCAUCAUGGGUCUUCCUUGGUUCGUGGCUGCAACUGUUUUGUCCAUCACACAUGUGAAUAGCCUCAAGCUGGAAUCUGAGUGCUCUGCUCCAGGAGAACAGCCCAAGUUCCUGGGCAUCCGAGAGCAAAGAGUGACAGGUCUUAUGAUCUUUGUGCUGAUGGGUUGCUCAGUCUUCAUGACGACUGUGUUAAAGUUUAUUCCAAUGCCAGUACUCUAUGGAGUUUUCCUCUACAUGGGAGUCUCUUCACUACAGGGAAUUCAGUUCUUCGACCGUCUGAAGCUCUUUGGGAUGCCUGCAAAGCACCAGCCAGACUUUAUUUAUUUACGUCACGUGCCACUACGCAAAGUUCAUCUCUUCACCCUCAUCCAGCUGACCUGCCUUGUCCUCCUUUGGGUCAUCAAAGCCUCUCCAGCCGCCAUCGUCUUUCCAAUGAUGGUUUUGGCCUUAGUCUUUGUCAGAAAAGUCAUGGAUCUCUGUUUCUCUAAGAGAGAGCUGAGCUGGUUAGACGAUCUCAUGCCUGAAAGCAAAAAGAAGAAGUUGGAUGAUGCCAAAAAGAAGGCCAAGGAGGAAGAGGUCAUAGUCUUUGCACCACCUGUACACUUUGAGGAAGCUUUAAAUUACAGAACAUAGGAAGGGCUCUGUGACAAGUCAGCAUGUCUGGAAUCUCAGGGGUUAUAGUUAGGAAUUAGGAAGAUCAUCCCAAAGAUGUUCUCAGCUGAGAAUGGCACGGAGGACACUUAUCCCUGCAGAUUCUCUUAUUUGAUAACCAAUAGUUUUUACCUUUAUUGACAGUCUACUCAGCCAGUAUCACACCUAGGAUAUGAAUGACUGAGUCUUCGCUUAAAUCAGAUUUGAUGGUUUAUGUCCUUCCAAAAGGUCAAGUUGGACAAAUACCCUUUUGCAGAGUAUUCAUUAUCUAUCUAAUUGCAAAUGGUGCUGUGGUUUGCAUCAUGCAAAGAUAACAUGCAUUGGACUUUUUGUCCUUUCCCAUUUCUCCUACUUGGCAUUUUGCUGUCUACAUCAUGAACUAUCUGUAAAUGGCCUCUACUUGCAAAAAAUGGAGUUUACCAAAACAAACAUACCAGGACAAUAAAUUAAUGAAUAGAGAAGUGUUUCCAAAUAUAAUUAAUGUUUUAAUUAAUGUCUUUUGAAA